AUGGCUACUCGUCUCUUCACCCGUGCAAGCACUCUUUGCAGACCCCUUUCUCGACUGUCAACAUCCAUCCAAUUCCAACCCCAACUCCCCAAACUGCGAACAUACGCAACAAAGCCAAUGGCCGAGUCUCUUAUCUCUCUUGCCCAGGGCAGGCGCACAAUUUACCAACUGGGCAAAAGCAGCUCGGUGCCAGAUGCCAAGAUCGAAGAACUAGUCAAUGAAGCCAUCCUGCAUGUCCCCAGUGCUUUUAACACGCAAUCCACCCGACUUGUCCUGCUACUGCACGAUCAGCAUGAUCGCCUGUGGGACAUUGCCAUCGAGGCAUUCGAGGGUCUCGUUGCUUCAGGCAAGAUUCCCAAGGAAAUCUGGGAAAAGCAGACAUUGCCCAAGUUGAACGGGUUUAAAGGUGCUUAUGGAACGGUUCUUUUCUUCGAGGAUCCUGCGCAUAUUCAACCCAUGCAGGAGAAGUUCAAGACCUACAAGGAUCAAUUCGUGCCUUGGGCUGAGCACUCCAAUGCUAUGCAUCAGUACUUCCUUUGGACUGGCCUUGAGGCUCUUGGGUUCGGUGCUAACCUGCAGCACUACAACCCUCUUAUCGAUGCCGGUGUUGCCAAGCAGUGGGAUCUUCCCAGUGAUUGGCGACUAAUUGCUCAGUUGGUCUUUGGUGCCCCGGAGGCUCAGGCUGGCGAGAAGGUCCAGAAGCCUGCCGAGGAGAGAGUGAAGGUGUUUGGCAGACUUUGA